AUGGAGGCCAGUGGCGACAUGGAUGGCAUCUCUGAAGAUGAGGAUUGGCUGGAGGCCGAAUUGGAGCGACAAUUGGCCGCAGAUGAUGCAUACGAUUCGCAGGAUGACGAGGACGAGCCGCGGGAAACUGAAGCUGCGGUCGCAGGUGGGGAGUCACACAUGGAACAAUUUCGGGAGCUCAUGGCGCAGAUGGAGCAGUGGGGUGAGGCUGCUGCACGGAGAGUCGAAGAGAGUUUGUUGGAGACAGCUGCAGCAGCGUCGAAUGCAGAACGUGAGUUGCAGGAGAGACCACCACCACCUGAGCUACUGCACGUCGAACCACCUGCACCCGAUACAAUGCUCUCAGCCUUGGAAUUGAACUUUGAGGAGCUGUCAACGGGGCCCGGGUCAGUUUCUAAGUCCUAA